AUGGCUUUGAUCACGAUCUCAGGUUUCCCAUCUUGUGGAAAGUCCAAGAGAGCUGAGCAGAUAAAAUCCCAUCUUGAAGCUCGAUUAAACGAUGCCUCUUACACCGGGCCCAGUCUCAAAGUCAGCAUCCUCUCGGACGACAUCCUCAACAUCGAUCGCAACGCAUACAAUGACAGUCGAUCAGAAAAACCAGCCCGUGGCGCCCUGUUCACAGCCAUGCAAAGACAGAUGGGCCAGGACACCAUCCUCAUCGUUGACUCGCUGAACUACAUCAAGGGCUUUCGGUACCAGAUGUACUGCGCUGCGAGAGAGCAAAGACUUCGGGUUUGCACUGUGUUUGUGGUUGCGACACCCGAUCUUUGCAAAGAAUGGAACAGUUCUAGAAAUGAUGGGCGGACGUACGCCUCAGAAACCCUGGAUAAUCUUCUUAUGAGAUACGAAGAACCAUCGUCUAUGGUCCGUUGGGAUUCUCCCCUCUUUACUAUUACUUGGGCGGACGACGACGUACCAGCAGAAGGGAUAUGGCAAGCCGUCACAGCGGGCAACAUAAAACCUCCAAAUGUCGGAACGCAAGCGGUUCCCAAAGCACCCACAGAUACAUUGCGAACUCUGGAGCACACGACAACAUCUAUGGUAUCCGCUAUCAUGAACGAGCAAGCAGCCUCGCAGGGACUCGGAGGUCCUAUCACUCUUACGAUAUCUGCCAUCAAACCGCGGAUAACACUGCCGCCCCGUAAUAUUACACUUUCAGAAUUACAACGGUUUAAGAGGCAGUUCGUAACGGUACAUAAGAAGGCUAUCACUUUGGGCACUACGGAAAAGGGCGCAGUGGACUGGAGCGAGGAGAGUAUAGCGGGCAAAUUCGUAACAUAUCUCGAGGAGAAUCUAAGAUAUUCGUGA